AGCUGGGCUUCUGGGGCCUCAGGCGACAAAAACCCCAGGCAAGCCAGAGGUUGUCCUGCUUCCCUGUGGGUUCCCAAGCUCCUCCCUGUCCUGAUCAAAAUUCCUGGCUUGGGCUAGGGUUCCUGCCCCACCCACAGUUCUCUGCUCUGCUGCCAGCAACGGCUCUGGUCAUUUUGUGCACAACCGGGGUCCCUGCCUGCCCAGCUCAGGGUGCACGGCUGCCGCCCCCCCUCCCCACUCUGAGGUCUGGAGGCAUCGCCCGCUCCUCACCCCCACACCCUCUGAGCCCUCAGAGAGCCAGCCUGUGCUGUGGGCUCCGUCUCCUACCCUGCCCCGCCUUCCCGAGCCCUGGGGCUCUCUUUUCAGCUUUUCGCCUGAGAGUUCACCCAAGCACCUUCCUCCACCACAGUUCCCCCUGCUGCGGGCUGGUGUAGUGGUUAAGAUGCCAUUUGGAUCACCCGCAUCUUCAAGCCCCUCCUCUGCUCCUGAGUCCAGCUUCCUGCUAAUGCACUCCCUGGCAGGCAGCAGGUGACGGCUUAAAGACCUGGGCCCCUGCCACCCAUGUGGGAGACCUGGAUGGAGUUCUGGGCUCCUGGCUUCAGCCUGGCCCAGCUCUGGCUGUCGCAGGCAUUUGAGCAAUGCAAUAGUGGAUGGGAGAUCUCGCUCGCUUUCUCUCUCCCUCCCUCCUCCCCUCUCAAACAAUAAGUAAGUACAUUUUAAAACCAUUUUAAAGAUUUGUUGAUUUGAAAUGCAGAGGGAGAGAGAGAGAGAGAGAGAGAGAGAGAGAGGUCUUCCAUCCACUGGUUCACUCCCCAAAUGGCUGCAAUGGCCAGAGUUGAGCCAAUCUGAAGUCAAGAGCCAGGAGCUUCUACUGGGUCUCCCAUGUGCAGGGGCUCAAGGACUUGGGCCAUCCUCUACUGCCUUCCCAGGCCAUAGCAGAGAGCUGGAUCAGAAGUGGGGCAGCUGGGGCUGGAACUAGCACCCAUAUGGGAUGCCGGCACUGCAGGUGGCAGCUUUACCCACUACGCCACAGAACCAGGCCCCCUAAAAACAUUUUAAAGGUAAGGAAUUCUCUGUACUGCAUCCCUUUUGCUUUCGACCCCACACUGACACCUGUGUCUGAACCCUGGGGCGAUGCCCAGUCUCCCUCUUGGGGCCGGGAGACCUCACUAGUGUCUUCCUUCCUCUUGCCGGUCACUCCCCCUGCCUCUCCUGUCCCCACUGUCACCUCUGCAUGCACACAGAAGGUCUCUGCGUGGAGGGUGCCACCAGUGAGGCAGUGACAGAUGACAAGGACAGGAGCAGGGGAGCACCCUGUGGGCAAAGCAGUCCCGGUUCUCCAGCUAAAUUCUGAAACCACACAUGUUGGAUGCUUGUCGACUACCAGCAUAUGAUUAAUUAGGCCCUGACCUUUCUGUGUCUUGGAAUAACAGAUAAAAGAGUUUACUUGAAAAGAAAUCUUUUCAUUUGCGUUUCCAUGUCACCUGUGCUUUUCUCUGCCUUCCACGGGGCAGCCCUGCCAACUGGCAGGAAGAAGGCCCACAAAGCUGCUGAUAAGGGGAGUAUAAAAGAGGGCUGUGCUCAUGGCUAGGGAGCCUUGGGCAUUCUGUCUGCAACAUGCUGCGAAUCGUGGUGCUCGCGACCCUGGUCCUCUAUGGACACAGUACCCAGGACCUUCCGGAAACCAACACCCGGGUUGUCGGAGGGACUGAAGCUAAGAAGAAUGCCUGGCCCUCUCAGAUCUCUCUCCAGUACAAAUCGGGAAGCUCCUGGUAUCAUACUUGUGGAGGGACCCUCAUCAAGAGUAACUGGGUGAUGACAGCUGCUCACUGCGUGGACUCCCAAUUGACCUUCCGCGUGGUGGCUGGCGAGCACAACCUGAACCAGAACGACGGCACCGAGCAGUACGUGAGCGUCCAGAAGAUUGUGAAGCAUCCAUCCUGGAACAGCAAUAACGUGGCUGCAGGCUAUGACAUCGCCCUGCUGCGCCUGGCCCAGAGCGUGACCCUCAAUAGCUCCGUCAAGUUGGGUGUCUUGCCCCAGUCGGGAGUCAUCCUGCCCAACAACAACCCCUGCUACAUCACAGGCUGGGGCAGGACCAAGACCAACGGGCAGCUGGCCCAGGCCCUGCAGCAGGCCUCUCUGCCCAGUGUGAGCUACUCCACCUGCUCCAGCUCUUCCUACUGGGGCUCCACCGUGAAGAACACCAUGGUGUGUGCUGGCGGAGACGGAGUCCGCUCUGGGUGCCAGGGUGAUUCUGGGGGCCCUCUCCAUUGCUUGGUGAAUGGCCAGUACGCUGUCCACGGAGUGACCAGCUUCGUAUCCAGCCUGGGUUGCAACGUCAGCAAGAAGCCCACAGUCUUCACCCGGGUCUCUGCUUACAUCAGUUGGAUAAAUAAUGCCAUAGCUUCCAACUGAGCCUUCUUCUGAGUCCAACUGCCUACCCAAGAUGGCUCCUACAUCUGCCACAGACUCAAGGUCAACAAGGAAAAAGCUUUCAAAGAGACUCCUGCGCCACACUCAAAAAGCAAAUAAAAAACUGAAUAUACAGUAAA